AUGCCAGACCGCCAAUACAACCUCACCGUCCUGAUUUCAGGCAACGGGUCAAACCUUCAAGCCCUCAUCGACGCAUGCGCAUCCGGCGCUCUGCCCAACACGCGCAUAACCCACGUUAUAUCCAACCGCAUAAAAGCCUACGGUCUCGAACGCGCCGCCAAAGCCUCAAUCCCAACAACCUACCACAACCUCAAGUCCUACAAAGACAAGCAUCCCAACGCGCUCGACACCGCCCGCCAAGAAUACGAUGCGGAACUAGCGAAAAUCAUCCUCGAGGGCCAACACCCCCGUCCCGAUCUCAUCGUCUGCGCCGGCUGGAUGCACAUCGUCACGCCCUCCUUCCUCUCGCCCAUCGCGGCCGCCGGCAUCAAGAUAAUAAACCUGCACCCCGCUUUACCUGGCGAGUUUGCGGGCGCGCACGCGAUUGAUCGCGCGUGGAAGGCGGGUCAAGAGGAAGGGCUAAAGCGGACGGGCGUUAUGAUACAUGAGGUUAUUGCCGAGGUGGAUGCUGGGGAUGCGAUUGUUACUCAGGAGGUGGAGUUGAGGGAAGGAGAGAGUCUGGAUGCGUUGGAGGAGAGGAUUCAUGCGGUUGAGCAUGGGUUGAUUGUUGAGGGGGCUAGAAGGGUGCUUGAGGGGUUGGGUAAGAAGUGA